AUGGAGGAUGUAGGAUCGAGAACAGUCGUAGCAGCAGCCACGGCAGCGGAAGAUCCUCCAAUCCCUCCGAGUACCUAUAACCACACGACUAUUCCAAACAACACCAGUUCUUCCGAUCAAUCUCGCGAGCCAUCGCUCUCGAGCCGUCCUUCUUUACCUUGGACCCAUUAUUCUGACUCUUCGAUUUGGAUAGACAAGGACUCGACCGAUGACCAUCAUUCACGAUUCUCGCAUGUACACACCCCGGAAUCUUCCUAUGGGACAAGGCCACCGUCAGUCAACGAGGAAGCCAUGCGCUACCAUCGAAGACGUCAGGGAAAGUACAAGAUCCCCGAAGAGAGGUUCAGCCCAGACGAUCGCUACAGACGUUCUCAUCGUGGACGUCGUGGUCGCCAUGCUCACUCUAGCCAUCGUCAACCGCAGCGCAACGAAAGACGUAAUAGCGCAAACACAGGGUGUCUACGAUAUGCCAAGCAUGCCGAAACCCCAGCCGACAUAGUCCUAGAGCCUCAGCCAGACAAAACCAAGGUUGUAGGUGACAAGUUGACCAAGAAAAAUGAGAACAACGGCACGACUUGGCGGCGUAUCAGUCAAGGUUUAGGACUCGGGAAAUCCAAAAAGAACGAAAAGCCAGAAGAACACCCACCUGUUAAAGCUGAGGAUGUACCGAGAAGAAAGAGCAAGUGGAAGUUCUGGGCCAAGCAGCCACCUGGUGACGAUGCUGAGGCUAGUGAUGCCCCCGAGACGUCAGACCCCAACAACGAACCUCAGUUUACGGUCACCUCAGAUUCAAGACCAAGUUUACUGGAAUCGCAUGAGGAAGCGCCUAUUUCUAUUCAGCUGCAUACUGUAAUGAGGCGAUUAUCCCAAGGGGAGUGA